UAUAGUACAGAGCACCUGGGACACUCUGCUACCUCCUAGCUCUGCUGCGUCUGUCCGUCCAUCCAUUGCAGGUACUGCCGCUGUCGCAGGCUGCUGCAUUGGCUUUAGUGGGAAGCCUCCAGAGCUAUACCUGAAGACUGAUCAAAAUGGGUGGAGAGAGGAAGCCUCCCCAAGCAAUUCAUGCCCAAAAACUAGCUGGCAUCUUGAAGGAGGACAGUGAAGGGGUCCUGGUGAUUGACUGUCGCUCGCUGAGUGAAUACAACAAUCUCCAUGUGGUGGGCUCCGUAAACCUGUGUGGCUCGAAGCUGGCCCGAAAACGUCUUCUUAAGGAACUUCUUGUCCUACCACACCCUAAGAUUGAUCCUUCAUUUGAGAAGCAAGUAGUUGUAUAUGACCAGGGCAAUCAAGAACUACCUCCCGGACAUUUUGUGUCACUGGUUGUCGGGAAGCUAGAGAAAAAAUACAGCUCAGUUUCUCUUCUAGAAGGAGGGUUUGCAGAAUUCUCAUCACAAUUCCCAAACCUGUGUGAAGGCCGCACCUCGAAUUUUUUGCACACGAGCAUAUCACAGCCUUGUCUGUCAACAUCAACAGUGUCUGUUACCCGUAUCCUGCCGCACCUUUACCUGGGCUCCCAGAAUGAUGUCAUGGAUCAGGAGGUGAUUAAUCAGAAUGGCAUCACGCAUGUGCUGAACGUCAGCUACAGCUGUCCAAAGCCUGUCUUCAUCUCCGAUAACCAUUUUCUACGCAUCCCCAUCAAUGACAGCUACUGUGAGAAGAUCCUGCCCUGGCUCAGUGCAGCUGUUGAGUUCAUAGGAAAAGUAGAACUGGUAAACGGUAAAGUUUUAGUCCAUUGCCUGGCUGGAAUCUCCCGCUCAGCAGCUGUUGCCAUUGCUUACAUCAUGAGGUCAAUGGGGCUUUCACUGGAUGAUGCGUACAGGUUUGUUAAAGAAAAGAGACCCACCAUUUCCCCCAACUUCAACUUUCUUGGACAGCUUCUUGAAUAUGAGAUGAGUCUUGUCAAUUCCCGACAAUCACAUCCUGCCCAACCAGUUCAUCCAGAAAGCCCUACAGACAGAGAGUGCUCAGAGCAGCCAUCUGCUGAUAAGCAGGCAAACACCGAGCAGAAUUGCCAAAGCAAUCACAAUCUCAACUCUGUGUCCCAUGAAAUAGAAGUGGCCAUUGAUGCCACCAAAUUGGACAGUAGCUGUACAAAGGAAGAGUCUGAAUCCACCUUGGCGGGCAGGUUUACCACCAUGGGGAUCUCAUCCGACCAGCGUCGUGAAAUUAGUAGUUUAAAGCGUUCUUUCUCCCUGGACAUAAAAUCUGUAUACACGCCUUUGUCCUCUUCUACAGAAUCGCACAAAAACUUUUAUCAGCCUUCUCAGCUAGUCCCAUCCCAAGCCAAGCCUGUGGGACUUUGGGAUCGCUUUUUGGGUUUUGGACUUAAUUUCCUCUACUUCUAUUCUGAGGAGGAAGAAGCACAGCAAAAUCAAAACGACAAGGCAAGACCAAAGGGAAUCUGUGAACAGAGGGAUGCUCCAGAAAACUUAAAAAAGAGGCGAAACACAAAGAACCUAGAUGAAGGACCUUCUCGUCCAUUCACUUUAAACAUUCCCAACUGUAAAGGCCAAACAUUUCUCAAGGAGAAGACUUUGGAAGUUGGAUCAAGGGUGAGGACAAUCUCUCCAGUUCCUCUGUGAGGAACACCUUUAUCUUCUUAAUAGAUGGUAUGGAGAAAAAACAUUUGGGAUCUAUUAAAUGCACAGAACUUUUUAGAACUUGUUUUCUGCUAAAAGAACCUUUCUUUUCCGCAUGUUAAGAUCCCCAACAGGCCUAAGUAGCAUGCCGAGAAAUUAACUUGUUUUCAAAUGUUUCUUCAUAUUGAAUGAACAAAUUGUGAACCAAUUUUCAAAGAGCGGACUUUUGGGUUGAGUGAUGAAAGUCACUAUGUACCAAAGGCCUGCCAUUACUUUUUCAAUUCUAUUGUGUGCAAUUCUCUAUACUGACCUAAAAAGGCAGCAUUCAUUGCUGCUUUAUGGCCUUGGAGAUGGUCAUCUGAACUUGGACUCCAGAAACCAAGAGGUGACAAAUGCAUUUUUUUGCCCAAUAUACCUCGUGUUUUACCCUAUGGUUGGGGUAUUUCGUGGUGUGUUGUGACCAUCCUGCUAUGAACUCUAUCCCGCUUGGUCUACCCGUCCAAAUGAAUGGAUUUGCACAGAAUGAUCCAUGCAAUCUUACCCUUGGUGUAACGUAGAACGGUAUAGAGGGUAGUUCUAAGAUAUAUAUAUUUAUAUUUUCUAUUCCUCUAGGUCUUACAUGGACAUACGCCCUAGAAGCCAAGCAGUGUCUGUGACAAUACUUUGCUGCCCUGAUACCUCAGUUAUAUUUUGUUUAUUGCUGUGAAAUUUAUUUAAGUAUCCCCCUAGCAUGUUUGCGUAUCGCCCCAAAACAUGACCCACCUCUCAGGAUUGAAGGACAGGAAUGUUGUCCUUUUAUAAUAAGUGGUGGUAUUUUUUUUAAUUUUAAUUAUUUAUUUAUACGUGUUUCAUUUUUCUUGCUUAUUUUAAUAAUCAUUGAAGCCGCUAGUCUUGUUAUUGGCUGUACCUAUGACUUUGUGACCUGCUGGAGGAAUGAGUUAAUAUAGGAAGACAAGGCAAGCAAGUGUGGCUUUGACUCCUUGGGGAAACAUUUAUAAAAUAUAGAGAUGCCCAUGAAUAUACAGAAUUGUUCUCAUUGAAUUACAUACUCCUACAGGCAGGUUGGGGUACUGCACAAAAGUACAUUGAAUUAAAAUGUUUAUGGUCUUUACCAUAGCUUGCACUAUCCUUAUAUAAGACUUGUUUGGAUCAGGGAAUAGUAAGAGUUCAGUAAUCUAGUCACUUGACAGUUUAACACUGUCAUGAUGGGUUUUAUAAAUGUCUCUAAAAAUCAGUCAAUUCCACAUUGCCUAUCUACCUAGAAGUAUGUUUCACAUUGUGUGUGUGAUCUAAGCCUCAUGGAUUACAUAAAAGCUGUCAAAGUUUACCUUGGAAUAUUCAAAUAGCAUUCAGGAGCAGGUUACCGGAAUUACUGUUCCGAUCACCACUGGGUCCUGCCAGAUCUCCAGUCACUAUACUGGUAUUUGUGGGGUUUCUGGCAGGCUACAUGCAGUGGUAUUCUGGCAGAAAGCCGGCAUUCAUUCCGGAAACCCAACAGAUCCCAUUUUGUUGAAUGGGGAUCUGACGGGUCCCGGCAGGCUACGGGAAUACUGUACCGUAGAUGUGAACCUAGCCUUACACUGCCAGUGAAAAGAGAUCCUUCAUCCUAAUAAAUCAAGUGGCAAGAUGUCCAAAAUCAUAUCACGUCAUGUGAGGGUUAGAAGAACGGACAAAAGGCACAAUUCCAACAGAUAUGAUUGCACUUACAGCAUGUGGUGUGACAGCGACUGCAAUGUUGGGUUGUCCUAUUGGGCACUGUUACUAUGAGACAUUUGGGUGUAAAGGCCAUAUUCUCCAAAGAACACCUGACUAAUAGAAAGUCGAAUCCUAGGUGAAAGAUCAGUGUGCUCGGUAGAAUGUAGCUCGUAUUAUUUGCAUAUAUCUGUCUCACUGUGUUUUAUUAUAUUUAUAUUCGAUUAUUCUUUGAAGAUUGGGUUUGUGCUUUAAGACUAACCAUCUCUCGAUUAAAGCAAUGGCCAAAGAACUUUAAUUCACUGUAACUUAAUGUGUAUGGAACAGACGUGCAGUUGCUUUUUUCUAAAGAGGAUUAAGAAAUGAAGAAAACCACUAUGGUCUGCUAUUGCCAUAUUCUAUUCUUUCAUCCUCCAUGACCAGCACUGACGUCCACAUACCGGAGUGUGAAGUUAGGUUGAUGAAUGGGAAGAUUUCUUUGUUCUUGUGCAGGUACACAAUGGCUCUGAGGUUCUCGCAGUUGAAUGCAUUGCUUUCUAGCGCUUCUCUGGUUGAUGAUUAUAAUAAAGAUGUGAAUCUUUUUA